AUGGAACAUCAGUAUCCUGGCGCUAUCAGUCCAGACGAGAACAUGUUGGCGGAGUUGAUGCUUCCCGAUCAAACUCAUGUUCGGCAACAGGACUGGACCAUGUUUUUCCUCCAUAAAGAUGCCGGCACAAGUGAAGAGGAGGCGGUAGAAAGAGAGGCUAGAAGCCAGCACCGAGCGGCUAGGAGACGUGCCAGAGAAGUAGUCGGAGCAACUAAUGCGGAAAGUCAGGAAUUCGAAGACGACACCAGCAGCGACGAGAGCGACGAAGGCGGCAUGGACAGCCCUCCUUUGAUGUAUGUGUUGAACCUGGUCAACACCAAACAAGACAGCACUGUCAAAAGAGGAGCCGUGGUGAAGGCCAUGGCAAUCUGUACGAGGCAUUCAUUUCUGCAUAUCUACAAGCCCCUACUCCUUCUGGCGCUGGAAGACUAUUUUAAGUCGCCAACACCGGACACGUUAGAAAACCUGUACAUUGCCCUCAAUGCCAUGGACCUGUCGUUGAUGCCACGCCUUUCACUCCCGGAGCGGCAUAUACUGCAGGCCAGCGAUGCCAAAGAUCUGUUUGUGGAGAAAUUUGAGCAGAUGAUUGCUCAGCGACUGGCCGACGAGGCCUUGGUCAAAUUGCCGCCCGCACCAGACUCUCCCACAAGGGCAGAGCCGAAAUACACCGUGCCCCGUGACACACACGAGUUCGAGUCGAAGAUCGUUUACAAUGGGAUCGCCAUCCCGGUCAAAAUCCCUACUGCUCUCUCCCCGGAGACCGUGGGCGAUUUCUCUCUGGUCAAACUGGUCCAGAUCUUCGGCAACCCGCACAUGUCACAGCCUCAACCGUUUGCUUUACAUCCUCAUCUGACAACUUCCGGAGCGUACACACAUCCAAUCAUUGUGCUCAUCAACGCCAUGCUUACCCAAAAAAGGGUCAUCUUCCUUGGUCACAACCGACCAUCGGGGGAAGUUGCAGAAGCCGUUCUGGCCGCAUGCGCUUUGGCUUCUGGAGGCGUGCUUCGUGGAUUCACCCGACAUGCGUUCCCUUAUACCGAUUUGACCAAGAUCGACGAACUCCUCAAAGUGCCCGGGUUUAUCGCAGGCGUCACCAACCCUGCCUUCUCCUACCAUCCCGAAUGGUGGGACUUACUGUGUGAUUUACCGUCGGGCAGAAUGAAGAUCUCUUCCUGCAUCGAGGCUGCUCCAGUGACGGAGGGCACCACGUACUUUCAACAGCAUGGCCAUCUACUGAAUCAAAAGGAUUCUGGGAGUGCUGAUGCGACGGGAGAUAUUCACUUCAUGCAGGACAUCACUCGCAGCAUCGCAUCGCGCCAUGGCGAGUCCAUAAUCCGGGCGAGAUUUCGAGCUUAUAUUACAAAGUUCACCCGCAUUGCUGCUGCCUUUGAAGAGACAGUGUAUGGGGCUAGCAAUCUCACGGUGAUUCCUCCGACCGAGGUGGACAAGGUUGAGACGCCUUCGACUAUCACGGCUCCCCCGCGGCCGAUGUCGAUGAAGACGUCGAGCCAGAAUUUGAAAGGACAUGGCUAUGUCUGGCCCAGUGAGGAAGCGAAGACACGUGAGCUUGCGGCUUCGGCGGCCAGGAUUGAGGGCUGGAGAAACACUCGAUCAUACUAUGCCUUCAUCUCCGACCUGGCAGCCCAUUCACAGGAAGCGAUGUCGCCCAUCUCGCCGGUCAGCAUGAGCAAUAUGCUUGCGCAAGCACCGGCGAAACCCUACGUGGACCUGUACCAUUCCCUGUCCAAGCUCCGGACUCUGCGCCUGACGCCGACUGAAGCAGGUGCAAUCUAUCUUGCUCUUGACGCAUACUGCACUGACUACGGCAGCAUCCUUGAACUGUUAGAGCUGGCCCCGAUGUCAGAGGCAGGUCUCUUCUAUGUCGCACUCGGGCUUUGGCAUGAAGAUCACCGGGUGCGCGAAGCAGUUGCCAGUCUUCUCGACCGCAUCCGAAAGCAUCCCGCUGGGCGCGUGUUUUUCAGUCGGCUGGGGGGUUGGGCCCAUAUGGGAUUCAACAAAUGCUUGCAAGACAAGGAAGCGAGACGCCGUGAACAACAACAAGAAGUGGACGAUCUGCUGGGCCCAUUGACAAUUGAUGGAGACGUCAGGCGCAGUUGA